AACACCUCCAUUGCCCAAUGAUACGUCGUCAUAUUCAUCCCUGGUAAAGCGAUCGACAGGGUGAGGUUGUCUUGGCGUCGCCGCAUCGCUCGUCCUUGGAAAUAUCCGAUUCCUCAGAGCCCUGGGUGGUUGGUAGUUCGACAUGGAGCUGGCGCAUAGUCUCCUGCUCAACGAGGAUGCCUUGGCCCAGAUCACCGAGGCCAAGAGGCCCGUCUUCAUCUUUGAAUGGCUUCGCUUCUUGGAUAAAGUUCUCGUGGCAGCCAAUAAGGUGGACGUGAAGGAAAAGCAGAAGAAAUUGGUGGAGCAGCUGACAGGACUGAUAAGCAGUGCUCCUGGACCCCCGACCCGGAAACUACUGGCCAAGAACCUGGCAACCCUUUACAGCAUUGGCGACACCUUCACUGUCUUCCAAACUUUGGACAAGUGUAAUGACAUUAUCAAAAGCAAAGAUGACACACCAGCAUACCUGCCAACCAAACUUGCUGCCGUGGCGUGUGUGGGGGCCUUCUAUGAGAAGAUGGGCCGAAUGCUGGGGAGCUCCUUCCCUGACACCAUCAACAACAUGUUGAAGGCCUUGAAGAGUGCAGAGUCCCAGGGUAGGGGGGAGAUGCUGAUCAGCCUGCAGAAGGUGCUCUGUGGACUGGGCGGGGCCGCGGCCUCCUGCCACAGGGACAUAUACAAGAACGCCCGCUCGCUGCUCACGGACCGCUCCAUGGCUGUGCGCUGUGCAGUCGCCAAGUGCCUGCUGGAGCUACAGAACGAGGCUGUGUUCAUGUGGACCACGGAGCUUGAGAGCCUGGCCACGCUGUGCUUCAAGGCCCUGGAAGGCUCCAACUAUGGUGUGCGUGUAGCGGUGUCCAAACUACUGGGGACGGUCAUGGCCACAGCCCUGAUGCCCAAGCAAGCAGCAGUCAUGCGUCAGAACGUGAAACGGGCCACCCUGGAGGAGGUGCUGGAGCUGAUGGCGACCGGCUUCCUGCGCGGGGGCUCGGGUUUCCUGAAGAGUGGCGGGGAGAUGCUGAAGGGGGGGGGCUCCGUCAGCAGGGAGGUGCGGGUGGGCGUCACACAGGCCUACGUCGUGUUCGUGACCACGCUGGGCGGCCAGUGGCUGGAGCGUAACUUUGCCACGUUCCUGUCCCACGUGCUGGACCUCGUCUCGCACCCGCGGGCCACGCAGACGCACGUCGAGGCGGUGUACUCGCGGCGCUGCGUCUCCUUCAUGCUGCGGGCCACCCUGGGCGGCCUGCUGGGCGAGAAGGCCCAGAUCGCCGCCGGCAUGGAGCUCUGCCAGGCCAUCGGCAAGCAGAUGAGGGCUGUGGGUAAGGAGGAAGGGGGGGAAGUGUCACGGUUCAGAGCGUUGCAGAAGGCCGUGGUGAGCGACCCCAGCGGGGAUAACAAGUCCGGGGCGGCGGACGUGUCGGCCAGCCAGCAUGUGAUGGUGUGUGCCCUGAAGGAGCUGGGCAGCCUGGUGCACAGCCUCAGCGCCACCGCCUCGCCCCUCAUCCAGGAGCCCUCCGUCGGCCUCCUGGAGACCGUCACCUCCGUCCUGCUCCACCCCAGCAUGGCGGCGCGCCUGGCGGCAGCGUGGUGCCUGCGCUGCGUUGCCGUGGCGCUGCCCUAUCAGCUGACCCCUCUGCUGGACCGCUGUGCCGAGCGCAUCAACAACCUGAAGAGCUCGCCGGAGGCCGUCAGCGGCUACAGCUUCGCCGUCGCCGCCCUGCUGGGCGGAGUGCACCAGUGCCCCCUGGGGAUCCCCCACAGCAAGGGCAAGUUAGUGGUGAGCAUAGCAGAGGACCUCCUGCGGACUGCAUCCCAGAAUAGUCGCCUUUCCCUGCAGAGGACCCAGGCAGGCUGGCUGCUGCUGGGGUCCCUCAUGACUCUGGGCCCCUCCCUGGUGCGCUACCACCUCCCCAAGAUGCUGCUGCUGUGGAGGAACGUGUUCCCCCGCUCCCAGAAGGAGCUGGAGGCGGAGAAGGCCAGGGGGGACUCCUUCAGCUGGCAGGUCACCCUGGAGGGCCGCGCCGGAGCCCUGUGCGCCAUGCGGAGCUUCGUGGCCCACUGUCCCGAGCUGCUGACGGAAGACGUGAUCCGCAGGCUGAUGACGCCCAUCGAGUGCGCCAUGACCAUGCUGUCGCAUGUCCCGGCCAUCAUCAAGUUGUACGGGGCUCACCUGAAGGCCAGCGCGGCCAUGGUGAGGCUGAGGCUGUACGACAUCCUGGCCCUGUUGCCGCCCAAGACCUAUGAAGGCAGCUACAACGCUCUCCUGAGAGAGCUGGUGGCCGAGUUCACGCUGACGGAUAACUCGGCCAACACCACCACCUCGUUGCUGCGCUCGCUGUGUCACUAUGACGACAGCGUGCUCAUGGGCUCCUGGCUGCAGGAGACGGACCACAAGUCCAUCGAGGAUCAGCUGCAGCCCAACAGCGCGUCGGGCAGCGGCGCCCUGGAGCACGACCCCUCCUCCAUCUACCUGCGCAUCCCGGUGGGCGAGGCCGUCCCGGGGCCCCUCCCCCUGGGCGUGUCCGUCAUCGACGCCUCGGUGGCCCUGUUCGGAGUGGUGUUCCCGCACGUCUCCUUCAAGCACAGGCUUCAGAUGCUGGACCACUUCGCCGAGUGCAUCAAGCAGGCCAAGGGAAUCCGGCAGCAGGCGGUGCAGCUCAACAUCUUCACCGCAGUACUCAGUGCCCUCAAGGGCCUGGCGGAGAACAAGAGCACCCUGGGCCCGGAGGAGGUGCGUAAGUCGGCCCUGGCCCUGGUGAUGGGGGCCCUGGACAACCCCAACCCCAUCCUGCGCUGCGCGGCCGGGGAGGCCCUGGGCAGGAUGGCCCAGGUGGUGGGAGAGGCCACCUUCAUCGCCAGGAUGGCCCAGUACAGCUUCGACAAGCUGAAGUCUGCCCGGGACGUGGUGUCCAGGACGGGCCACUCUCUGGCUCUGGGCUGCCUGCACCGCUACGUGGGGGGCAUCGGCUCGGGCCAGCACCUCAAGACCAGCGUCAGCAUCCUGCUGGCCCUGGCACAGGACGGCUCCUCCCACGAAGUCCAGACCUGGUCCCUGCACUCGCUGGCCCUGAUCGUGGACUCCAGCGGUCCGAUGUACCGGGGCUACGUGGAGCCCACCCUGUCCCUGGUGCUCACCCUGCUGCUCACCGUGCCCCCCUCCCACACGGAGGUGCACCAGUGUCUGGGCCGCUGCCUGGGGGCCCUCAUCACCACCGUGGGCCCAGAGCUGCAGGGGAACGGUGCCACCAUCUCCACCAUCCGCUCGUCGUGCCUGGUGGGCUGUGCCAUCAUGCAGGACCACUCGGACUCCCUGGUGCAGGCGGCCGCCAUCUCCUGCCUCCAGCAGCUGCACAUGUUCGCCCCGCGCCAUGUCAACCUGUCCAGCCUGGUGCCCUGUCUCUGCGUCCACCUGUGCAGCUCUCACCUGCUGCUGCGCCGCGCCGCGGUGGCGUGUCUGAGGCAGCUGGCCCAGAGGGAGGCGGCCGAGGUCUGCGCCUACGCCAUGAGCCUGGCCAAGAGGGCCGGGGACAGCAGCGGCAGCAUCAAGCUCAACAUCACGGAGACGGGCCUGGAGGGGGUUCUGUUCGGCAUGCUGGACCGGGAGACGGACCGGAAGCUGUGCGCCGACAUCCACGACACCCUGGGCCACAUGCUGUCCUCGCUGGCGGUGGAGAAGCUCUCCCAUUGGUUGAAGCUGUGCAAGGACGUGCUGGCCGCCACCACAGAGGUGGGAGGCGGCGCCGUGACCUUCAACGCGAGCCGGGACGACGAGGACUCGGAGAAGAAGGACGCGGAGAUGGACGACGACAUCAUGUUCACGGGUCUGGGGGAGGACGACAAGGCCAAGCCCUCGGUGGUGGCGCCGCGCUGGGUCACGCGCGUCUUCGCCGCCGACUGCCUGUGCCGCAUCAUCCUGCUCUGCGAGAACGCCAACAAGGCCCACUUCGACCUGGCGGCCGCCCGCGCAUUCAGAGUGCAGAACCCCAAAGGAGACCUGCUGGUACUCCACCUGUCAGACCUGAUCCGCAUGGCCUUCAUGGCGGCCACGGACCACAGCAACCAGCUGAGGAUGGCCGGCCUGCAGGCCCUGGAGGACAUCAUCAAGAAGUUUGCCACGGCGCCUGAGCCCGAGUUCCCCGGACACGUCAUCCUGGAGCAAUACCAGGCCAACGUCGGAGCGGCCCUCAGACCUGCCUUUUCUCCAGACACCCCGUCCGACAUAACGGCCAAAGCAUGCCAGGUGUGCAGCACGUGGAUCGGCAGCGGCGUGGUCAGCGACCUCAACGACCUGCGGCGCGUCCACACCCUGCUGGUGUCCUCGCUGGACAAGGUGCAGGCGGGGACGGGCUCGUCCAGCCAGCUGUACAGCGAGAGCGCCACCACCAUGGAGAAGCUGGCCGUGCUCAAGGCCUGGGCUGAGGUGUACGUGGUGGCCAUGAAGAUCAAGAAGGAGGCGGAGUCCAAGCCAGAGCCCCUGGCGCGUGGCGGCGGAGGCGAGGAAGACGAGGACGAGGAGGAGGACCUAGGGGGCGCGGUGCUGCCCCCAGACAGCCUGAUCAGCCUGGUGCAGCCCGAGCUGCCCUCUCUCAGCCGGCUGUGGCUGGCCAUGCUGCAGGACUACGCUCUGCUCACGCUGCCCGCCGAGUUCUCCAGCCAGCUGCCCCCUGAAGGCGGAGCCUUCUACACGCCAGAGACCAUCGACACGGCCCGCAUCCACUACCGGGGCUCCUGGGCGCCCGUGCUGCACGCCGUGGCCCUCUGGCUGAGGAGCACGGGCUUCGGGGCCGGACAGGAGCCCAUCGAGCCCCCACCGGACCCCACCAAGGCCCCUGGGUUCUUCCCCAAGGGGGCCUCCUCCGCCGUGGCCCCCAAGAGCUUCGAGGACCUGGUCAAGGACAGAAUGCAUCUCAUGUUGGGCGUCAGCAUCGAGUUCCUCUGCUUCCCACGCGCCGAGGAGCCCAUCGAGAACGUGACGUCGUGCCUGCAGGGCCUGUGCACCCUGCUGGACUCGCCGUGCGCCAAGACGCACAUCGCAGAGGACCAGCUGCUGGCCGUGGAGCUGCUCAACGUCCUCCACCGCCUGCUGCUGACCCGGGACCCCCCCGCCGUGCAGCUGCAGGUCACCGCCGUGGUCCAGGAGACCAUCAGGGCCGCCGUGGAGCACCUCCAAGAGAAGAGGACCCAGCAGGGCAAAGAGGACGAGGGGGAGAAGGACUGCCCGCCCACGGUCCUGGGAGAGGGGGGCGAGACGGGGGAGCUGGUGCCGGGCAAGUCGCUGGUGUUCGCCGCCAUGGAGCUGCUGGUGUUCAUCCUGGUGCGCCACCUGCCCCAGCUCAACACGCGGGUGAAGGAGUCCCCCAGCCACGCCGCCCUGAGGCCCCAGCGGCUGCCCGGGGAGAGCGCCUGCCUGGUGGCCAACACCGUGUCCAUCCUGGCUGAGCUGCCCUCGCUCUGCACCCCGGCAGGGAGCAUGACCAUCCUGCCCACUGCGCUCUUCCUCAUCACCGGCGUGCUGCGGGAGACGGCGCUGAAGAACGCCGACCUCUCGGUCCCCAUGCCGGUGUCCGCCGCCCUGCAGGGCCUCAAGACCAUCAUCACCUCCCCCCUGGCGCGGGCCGACUGCACCCAGACCCAGUGGACCAGCCUCGUCCGGAGCAGCCUGGCCUCCGUGCUCGAGUACUCCCAGCCCGAUGACUCCAGGCCCGACAUGGACGAGGUCAGCAUGUUGACGGCCAUCACCCUCUUCCUGCUGUCCGCCAGCAGCGAGCUGGUGGGGGUGACCGUCCUGCAGAAGGGCUGCAUCGACCGCUUCAAGAACGCCCUGAACUCCAGCGACCCCAUGGUCCAGACGCGGUGUUACCAGCUGUUGCUGUCGGUGUUCCAGCACCCCAGCCGGGCGCUGGCCACCCCCUACAUCCACGCCCUGGCGCCCCUGAUGGUGGAGAAGCUGAAGGCGGUGGAGCGCAGCCGGCCGGGCUCCGCCGGGGAACUGCAGGCCGUCCAGGAGGGCAUCAGGGUCCUGGAGAACCUGGUGGGCAUGGGCGAGGAGCAGAACCGGGUCCAGCUGCUGGCUCUACUGGUCCCCACCCUGAUCUCCUACCUGCUGGACGAGAACACCAUGGCCCAGGCGGCGCCGGCCUCCAGCGGGCUACACGACUUCGCCCUGCAGAACCUGAUGUGCAUCGGGCCGCUCUACCCCGCCGCCUUCAAGACGGUGAUCGGGGCGGCGCCCGAGCUCAAGACCCGGCUGGAGUCGGCCAUCAGGGCCAACCAGGCCAGCAGUAAGGCCCGCGAGGCCGCCCGAUUGGCCCAGCCCGCCGUGCAGGCCGCGCCCACCAUCAAGCUGAAGACCAGCUUCUUCUAGACACUCUGGAGAUGGCCUUUUUGUCUUUGUGUGUGUAUGUGUGUGUUUUGUUUGCUUGGAAAUGUGUGUUUUAUUUUUGGCUGGUGUAUAUUUUCCAUAUCGAUUACAAGCCUCUAUCCGGUUUAUUUGUAUAUUGUAAAGCUACAUUCUGACCGUCGUUUCUCUUGAAGUGGGCUCUUUUGAUUAAUGUAUUCUCAUGUGAUGGCCAUUAUUAAAGGGUAUUUGAAUGUUUACUGUCUACUGACUGAAUGUUGACAGAUUUCUGUUAGAAUGUACUUUUUCACACAAUGCACAUGCAUAAAGGGACACAAUCAAAUAUUUUUUCUUCAGUACGAUUGUGUUGUUUUUUUUCCUGGAUGCCCAGCAGUUAAAUGUCACCAAGCCAUUGUUAGACUUAGUUAUAAAUUAACAUUUGAAUGGCAGUCCAGUUACAAUUUAAUUUUAAAUAUUUUUCUUUUGUUCAUUGUCUUUUAAAUCGAGAUUGUUCACUGAAUGAGGCCAGCUGAUAUGUUUGACACUUUCACUUGUUCUGUUCUACUUGAAGUUAUGAAAUCCAAUUACUGAUGUACAUAUGCGAUUCACUUGCCUAAUGUUAGAUACUUACAAUUAACGUCAGUAAGUGUCUUUAAUUUAAAUUGGAUAACAAAAGUUAAAAUAAUUUACAUUUUUCUCUGCUUAUGAUUUAAUCGUGAAGAAAAUAAACUCCCUGCAAAUACAUGAAAGCUUGUUUGACCCUUA